ACUGAACUGGAGGACUGUAUCUACGUGUUGGCAAUUACGAGCACGGUGCCCUGUCUCACAAUAAUGAGGAUAAACAGAUUAAAAUUGGCAAAUUUGCUGAUUCUACUAGAAACCUCCACGGAGUAUAAAAUCAAGAGGUCAGGCGAGUUUCAGUCUGAAUUUCAGCGGCCGUUGCCUGUAGUGGGCCGACUUACCGCCACUCUAGGAAUUUCUGGUUAUAUUUUUGGCAUUUUGGCGUGGCUACUAACAGAUAAACGAAAUGGUCUGCCUUUCGGGGCCAUGCCCGUGUGGGUGAAUCACAAUUAUACCUCGUGUUUGCUUUUCCAAGUGUCCAUAUUUUUUUUCUUGGUCAUAGAGUAUUUAAGCCCGGAAGCAAUCAAAAUGAUCAUAAUGUUGCAAUUGCAAACGUAUUUCAAAUACCUAAGAAUCAGCAUCGAUGAAUUGCUUGAGGAUUCUAAGCGAGAAUUCUGUUCAAUAAAUAAAAUCGCUUCAAAUUUAGUCAGCAAAAACAAUGUUCCGUGGCUUUAUCAACAAAAACAGUUAAAGACAAUUAUUGUGCAUCACAACUACAUUAUAAGAAUUGCAAGCGAAACUGAGGAAAUAUUUAACAAGUGCGUUUUAGUUAAUUUCCUUAACUUAUCUUUUAUAAUCUGCAUCCUUCUGUUCCGCAUUGCAAAUACCUCACAGUUUAACGUUGAAUUUUUUAAACUUUGCAUAUACUUGAUUGGAGGAAGUACUUUAUUCUUCGGCGAUUGCUAUCUCACACAACGAGUCUUAACCGAAAAUGAAGCAUUCGCUUUUUCGUGCUACAAUGUUGACUUUGUAGGUACUAAUUUGCCAUUUCAAAAAUCAUUAAUCUUAAUAAUGGCAAAGGCGCAGAAAUCGGUGCGAUUUACAGUGGGAAAAUUUGCACCAUUAAGUAUUGUUACCCUGGUUACAAUUUUAAGAGCAUCUUACUCGUAUUUGAUGUUACUUCAAAACCGCCGUACAUAAUAAGCUCAGAACAUGAAAUCGAAGCACACAUUUGUUUGUAGUAAUGCAUCUUACUGCACAUGGAAAA